CAAGUGAGGCUGGUAAAGGUGGCCUGGCAACAGCUGAACAAAGGACAGAUUCUGUAUUAGAUUCAAAAAUACGAAAAGUAGGCGUAGACUUAAAAGGUUAUAAUCUUGACGUAAGCAAUAAAAGCGAUUUCAACAAUCGUCAAAUUGAUGAGGGAAAUGCUGUUGAUUCACUAAGUUCAGGCGUAGAAGAAAAUGCUGAAGCUACAGAACAACCAAUUCAGGCAGGUAUGAAUUCAGCUAACUGUGGUGAUGGUGAUCGCGCUGGUUCUAUCAAUACCUUAUCCUCGUCCCCACUGAAGUCAGCUGAUGAAGAUGACGAUGUAGUGAAUGAAGAUCUUAUCACCGCUGAUGUAAGACCAAAUACUGAUUCAGAUGUGUAUCAGAAAAUUAAAGUUGGAAACUGGCUAGGAGCUAAUGGGAUAAAACCUUUUGAAGAUGUACAAAUGAAGCCUUCAGUAAGUGCAGAAGAUUACCGUCAAAAAACAAACAACUAUAGUGUGAGUAAAACGGAUGAAAAGUUAAAUACAAUAAAUACCAGAGCUUCGCAAAUUGAAUCUAAUCCAACACCAAGAGUAAAUAAGCUUUCUAAGGAACCUUUGAAAGACUAUUCAUAUACUGAAGUAUCUGAUAUGUCGGCGACAGCACCUCCAGUAAAUUCAUCUCAGAAACGUGUUGAAGCAGUUAGCGAAACAAAUAAAUAUCAACAGGUGAUAAAACCGCCUGAUAAUUCCCCUACACCGAAUGAUAAAAUAAACAAACUACCCAAAAAAACUAGGAAGGAAUUUAGUCCUGUUACUAUAAACACACAAGGUUCAGAUAACAAACAAUCAGUAAAAUAUAUUAGUGAUCCUUCUCCGCCAACUGAAUUUGAUGAUAAUAAAAAUAAACAAAAUCCCUUACAAAUGUCUACUGUGAACCGAUCAAAAUCACAGUACUUUAACAGGAAUACAUCAACAGAUAGUAAAUAUAGUAGAAGUAAUAGUAAAGCAAACUCACCAGCUGUGAUAAGUAAGCCUGAAAUUCCAUCAAGCAGUCAUGCUUCCGGUAUAGUGACAUCAAAAUCUGAUCUUUACUUUCCUUACGCACGUAAUAUCUCCACUACUACAAAUGUGCCCAUGAGUGGUAGGACUCUUCAAUCAUCAGUCGAUAUAUCUAUAAAUAACCAGUAUCCCAACUUACCAAUUUCGUCUAUGAAAGUCUAUUCGGAAUCACGUAACGACAUUAUUUAUCCUAAAUUACCAAAUUCAGAAUUAUUACUGUCAAAACAAACACAAAGACUUCGAGUUAAUACAGGCAAUUCCAAUGAUCAACUGCCGACAACAGAGAGCCGCAGAACUAUAUACAGUUCAAGGAAUUCGACAACAACAAAAGACUUAUCACCUCAACCUAGAGAUUGGUAUCAGAACACUUCGUUCAAUGCUAAUGAAAAUGACAGGAACUAUGAAGGUUGUACAAGUAUAGGCCCUGAUAUAAGCAAUAUAAUCUUGGAUCCUAUAGAUGAUGAACAACCCAAAUUUUCUUCAAAUAGAAUGAAUACCAUGGAAACUGGAAAUGGUAGUGCUAGUAGGCGUAGUCUUUCAAGUGAUAUGAAUACUAAAUUAACAAACGGUUUACUGUUUGAGAAUGGAUAUCGUCCAUUGAAUUAUAAUCAAACACCGAAUAAAAUUGACAGUACGUAUUUUACUACUAACAUCAAUGCCAGUAGUAGUUAUAUCAACAUGCCAAAUAGUAUGCUAGAACAAACUACUAAUUGUCGUGAUUUAAUUUAUCCGACGGAUUCAUCAUCAAUGGCAAAAGCAACGAAAUUAAUUAAUGAAAGUCAACCAUUUUACUCAUCAACAAGUACAGAUAUAUUCAUUUCAAAAUCACAACCAAAUAUUGUAAAAUCUAAAUCUUCAACUGUUCAGUUUGGUGGAGGGAAUCAAGUUUAUGAUUUGAAACCAAUAUCAAAUUCACUAGCUUCUAUAACACAAUCGUCAAAUGAAGGCGGUAAUUCGCGUCUACUUGGUUCAACAUCAUAUUUAAGUCAACAGAAUAUAAACAAUAAGAAACUAGAAGUUUCCAAUGCAAACAAUGACAAUUAUAAUAAUAAUAACAGUAAUAAUAUUCAAAAUUCCAAUAAAAAUGAGAGAACAGCUGGUAGUUCUGCUGCUCAUUUAGCUGCCAUGGGUGUUGGUGCCUAUAAAUUAGGCGAUUCACUGGCUUUACUAACGACUAGAGCAGAUCAGUUGAUUGGACCGAAUAUGAGUAGCACUCCAACCAAUGAAUAUACGGAUAGUAUUGUAAAUCGAGCAAACGUGAAAUCAGUUUCAUUUAAUACUGCUAACGAUAAUAAUAAUAACAUGAGAAAUCAGACAUAUCAAGUGAAUGUUAAACAGCCGCCUCAGUCAUCUCUAUCUCCUACAUCAACAAAACCAUUUUCAGUAGUACAGUCAGUCAAUUUGCCAAAGACAUCUAGUCAGCUGAAAGGCAGUAAUGACGGCGUCGAUGGCGAUAGUGGUAAAACGUCACAAGUAAACUAUUAUUAUAAAAGUGAACAAUUAGGAUCUUCAAGAUCAAGUUUUGAAGAUAAUGCUGCCCUCCAGUCAAUGGUACGUAUAACCGAUAGAGUACAACACUUUAUGAGUCUGAAUGAUCAGGCUAAAAGCGAAAAAAGUUUAAACGAAUUAACUAAAAAUUUACCUCCAUUAGCUGUAAAAUCCAGCCAAACAGACUGGACAAAUUCACAGGCAUCAAGUCCUCAGUCAGUUGACUCACAAGUGUUGCAAUCAACUUCAUCAUCAACCCUUCCUAAUGAAACAACAACAACAACAAGUGAAUCAGAUACUCAAUUACUUUCAUUUAUUCAACAAUUGUUUUAUUAUUUUAUUGUUGGUUUCAUUGUUUAUAAAGUAAUGUCAUGGCUAAAUCUACGGCCAACUUUUGGUUAAAAUAUAUAUAUAUAUAUAUA